AAUUCCACUCACAGUGUUCCAAUCGACAAACAUGAGUUCAAUCAACAUUUUCUUGAUGAUGACGGCAGCUUUGGCCGCGCCAGCGACUACAGCAACAACCGUACCCAGCUAUCCUGAAGUAUUGCCUGAAGGGACAAACACCGUAUGCAAAGAUAAUAUUGGAAUGACCGACGAACUCAGAACGAAAUUUCUUGACGAACACAAUUCUAGAAGAAGCUUGCUAGCAAAAGGAGAAGUCACGAGACCAAACGGAAACCACCUACCACAGGGAGGAGAUAUUCUGAAAUUGAGGUAUGAUUGUGAACUGGAGAAAGCCGCUAUUGAAGAGGUACGAAAAUGUCCUACUUCCAAGAAAGCGGAUGAAAGCUUUGGUAAAAACUUUGACACUUUCGCGUCCAGCACUACCACGCCAACUUAUCAAGAUGCAAUAACGACGGCUAUAAAUGACUGGUGGGAUGUUGUAAAUUCUGAUCGCGAAGGCCCAACGACUUCUUUGAAAUUUCUCCAAAAACAUGUUGGUACUGCUAUAGAAUCUUUCACUCAGAUGGCUUGGGCGAGUACUGCGAGACUUGGGUGUGCAAUCUCCACCUGUAAGUCCAACUACACCGUCAUAUGUCUGUAUGAUCCAAAAGGAAACAUCGUAAAUCAAAAGCUCUACAACAAUAACUCAACAACCUCCAGAGCGCUCCCUCCUUGUGGUGCUUGUCCUAUUAAAAUUGAUGGAUGCGAUUACAGUCUUGGAUUAUGUAAAUAGAAGCUUCUCCAUAAGCACACCAUUCUAAAUCUUUUUUUAAGUGGUGGAAGCUCAAAUAUCCCUAUCGAUUACACAAUUGUGUACGUUUUUUUGCAAAUAAACGUCUUGCUAAGCUUCGAUGACUACACUGUUAACCAGGGUAGUUAGCAUGAAUAAUUUUGUACAUCAGCAACAUGUGACGGCUUGAAU